AAGUAAGUUAAAGAAAAGAACUGAGCUGACAAUGCAAAAUGAAGAAACGGUGCGGAGAAGCAUAAGUAAAACGGUGCGUGCUGGAAAGAUCUAAAGCAGAGCAAGAGAUGGAUUCCCGCAUUUCUCAACAGAUCUAACAGCAGAUUAGUUACGGCUGUAGUUAGUUAGAAACCCUUCCUUGCCUUGAAUUCAGCCUUGUUCUUUUCACCAAGGAUGCGAAAAUAAAGGGGGGAAGAGGGCGGACAGCGACUGUCCGUCGCCAACCAUGACAUUCCCGGCGUCAAUCGCACUUCCUCGCCUCUUACUCACUUCCUCCAGCGGUCGAUAAGCCCUUCUGUAAUCACAAUUGUAGUCGACGGACGGUUAACAGAGAGAAGAAAUUGAAGUUUUGAAGCUUGAAGCUGUACAUGGAAAUAUACAAAAGCAUGCGGGUAGAUAAGCAUCUUCAAUAUGAUCUAACAUCUUCAACUAUCAAAUAAUCUUUUCUAGUCCCUCUCAGUGGUACCUGCUAUAUUUAUAAAUGGAAUUCAACAUUAUGAGGAGGCAUACCAACGUGGGACAGAUGACUUUUUGUGUUCUUUUGCAUAAAAGAACUCAAUGAACUUCUGCAGGAACUUUAGUCUAUGGCUGGGGUAGAGUAACCCAGUUGUAGAUCCAACAAUAAAUCAAAAGCAAGUCCAGGAAUGAGUCCAAAAACAAGCGGGUUAUUUGAGGAUUCUUCAAGAAUAGGAUUGGUAGUUUGUGUUUAAUCACAACAAAAUUGCUGUAUAAUUGAACCACACAAUCCUGGAUUGCCCAAGAAAUUGGAGACAGGAAAAAUGUCGAACUAGCCUUUAUAGGUACUUGUAGAUCGUUGUCUACAACAUCGAACCAAGACUUUAUGAAAAGAGAGUCACAUUUAGAGACUUUCAAAAGUGGGCAACAUAGAAGCCAAAUUGACUUCCUCUCAACCAGGAAAAUAAAAAGAGCUCUAUGCAAGGAUUGUAAGGUCAUUCCAGGAGAGGCUUUAAAAAGUCAACAUUAGUUAAUGGUCUUGGAUGUCAAGUUUAGGAACAAUUUAAGUAAGGUCAAAAGAAAUAGGGUAGCUUGAACAAAGUGGUGGGAGUUCAAAGGAGUAAGGCAAAUGAAGUUCAAAAAUGAGCUUCUCAAGUCCGAAGCAUGAAAGCUGGAUAUGGAGGCCAAUGAUAUGUGGCUACAGAUUGCAUCAAAGAUUAGAGAAGUAGCUAGAAAAGUACUUGGAGAGUAUAGAGGACAUGGACCACCCUCAAAAGAGAGAUGGUGGUGGAAUGAGGAAGUACAAAAGGCAGUGAAGAGAAAGAAGGAAUGGUAUAAGAAAUUACCUAAAUGUGAUAAUAAUGAGGCAUAUGAACAGUACAAGAUAGCAAAGAAAAAUGCCAAAAAAGCAGUUAGUCAAGUAAGAGCGCAAGCCUUUGAAAAGUUAUAUGAGAAACUUGGAACUAAGGAAUGGGAGAAAUAUAUUUAUAGAUUAGCAAGGAGAAGAGAAAAGAAAUGUAAAGAUCUCAAUCAAGUUAGGUGCAUUAAGGAUAAAGAAGGAAAAAUAUUGGUGAAAGAUGAGGAUAUUAAAGAAAGAUGGAGAAAUUAUUUUGAUGAUCUCUUUAACAAUAGUCAAAUUUGUAAUAGCGUGAACAUAGACUAUAGAACAAUAGAAAAGAAUGUGAAUUAUACUAGAAGGAUUAGAUCUUUAAAAGUGAAGGAAGCACUUAAGAGAAUGAAAGUGGGUAAAGCCUGUGAAUCCGAUGGAAUACCAAUUGAACUGUGAAAGUGUUUGGGAGAUAUUGGAGUGGCAUGGUUAACUAAAUUAUUUAAUAAGAUUCUAAACUCAAAGAAAAUGUUUGAUUAAUGGAGGAGGAGUAUUUUAGUACCUAUUUUUAAAAAUAAAGAAAACAUACAGAGUUGCUCAAACUAUAGGAGAAUUAAACUCAUGAGCCAUAUUAUGAAGUUGUGGGAGAGAGUUGUGGAGCAUCGACUACAUCAUGAUACUUCUAUCUCUCCCAAUUAAUUUGGCUUUAUGCCCGGUCGUUCAACUAUAGAAGCGAUCUUUCUCAUUAGAAGCUUGAUGGAGAAAUAUAGAGAUGUGAAAAAAGAUCUAUAAAUGGUUUUUAUUGAUUUGGAGAAGGCUUAUGAUAAUGUUCUAACAGAUGUCUUAUGGAGAGUGUUACACUACAAGAAUUUGCCAGAAUAGAAACUGAAAUUAGAAACGGAUUUAUAUCGGUUUGUAAUUUGAAACGGAUUUAUAUCGGUUUGUAAUUUGAAACGGAUUUUGAAAUGGAAAUUGAACAAUAUGAAUCAAAUAUAUUAGAAACCGAUUAGCAACGGAUUUAAAACCGAAAUUAGAAACGGAAAAUUAUCCGUUUCUAAAGCAUGUGCUGAAAUUUGGCGGUAAAUUAAAUGUCCGUUUAGAAAUCGCUUAGAAACUGAUAUCUGAAACCAAUUUCGGUCGGUUUCUAAUUCUUUAUAUUUA